ACGUGAGAAACGUUAGUUACAUUACAUACAGUUUGCCCUCACCAGUACUUUUCUGUAGUACUGAUCCCUCGGGGGAACCACCCUUUCAGGUUGAAGCUAGAGCUUACUUCCUGCACCCGUUGCUCGGGAGAUCGAUGGAGAGAAGACGUGGAAUGGGUGGUAGUGAUAGGGCGGUUCGAGGAAAUCCGAGAGGGCGCGCCCCGGGGAUAGCCGGGCAAGCCAAUCGGGGAAUAUCAAGGUCGCGUAAAAGGCGAGGUAUGGGCAACCAAGGCCCACGAACACGAGCCACGAUGGCUGAUCACAAUGUGACUGAAUUCGAGUCGUGGAACUCAGAGGAUGACUCAACUUAUCACCCUGAAAGCGAGUCAGAUGAAACUUCCUUUGAGGAAAACAGUGGAGAGGAUAUACGUAGUAUUCCUCCGGACCAUGUUAGUGAGAUGUACCGAUGGUACCAACGUGAAAUGGGAAGACAACGACAGGGAUCUCAGGAGGGACAUGUCAGAGGCGAGACCUCUCUCAUGAGGGGUCAGGGUGCUCAUAGAGCACAAGUUAGGACAGUCAGAGAUUCUGAUGACGAAGGACCAUUCAUUAAGAUCUCAAGGUACCUCAAAGAGGCUAGAGCCUUGGGGUGCAAGUCAUUUGAUGGAACGGGGGACAUAUCGGAAGCAGCCGAGUGGAUAAAAAGGUUGAAUGAUGCAGCUGAUGACAUGCAAGUGGUCCCUGAACGAAAGUUAAGGGUAGCCACUAGAUUAUUGGAGGGUUUAGCUUCUACUUGGUGGGAAGGCACCAAGGGUAAGUUUGAUGGGGUUGUCACGUGGGACAACUUCGAGCAAGCAUUCUAUGAGCAGUUUUACACCUCUUUCGAAGUAAAUCGAAAGAGGAGGGAAUAUAUCGAUCUCAAACAGGGAAAUGAGUUUACGGUGAAGCAACUGGAACAAAGAUUCCGACAUCUGGCAAGGUUCUUGCCUGAGUAUGCCGCAAAUGAGAACCGAAUGGCAAACCAUUUUUGGAAUGCACUCAAUUUGGAAAUACGCGAAAGAGCGACCUACCAAUUCAACAUGACUUUUAGUGAAGUAGUAGCCCAGGGUCUCCAGGGGGAGGAGCUUUGGAAGGAAAGGCAAGCAAGGGAUGCAAAGGAAGCACAAGAAAGAGAUCAGGUGAUCAUUCACCCUCCACGACGAGAGGGGAAGUAUGAACUUCAGAGCAAGGGGAACUCUAACAAGUCAGUUCCGUUUUUCAGUGAGAGCCAGGACUUGGUAAGUCAAAGCUCAAGCACUCGAGGCACGGGGGCACCCAAAUGCGAGAAUUGUAGGCGAAGGCAUUACGGGAGAUGUCGAGAGCCAUCUAGAUGUUACUUUUGUGGAGAAACAGGCCACAUCAAGGUCCUUUGUCCUCAACGUACGCGUGAAGGAACAUCAGGAGCUAGAGGAGGGGUCACGGGGGUUGAAAACCCAACUAGGGUUGCCUCAAACAUGGUACCUUCUACAAGUCAAUGGCGAACUCGCUCGUGAAGGCCGGGAAUGGCGGAAGCCAUUUGUUAGGCCCGACUAUGGCAUAAGGUAUUAUUAAAUUAAACCUUAAUUUCCAUAAAUAGUUUUAUGUUCAAAAUUUUUAGCUUCAGAAAAUGAAGGGAGAAAUGUUUCUCAAGGUUCAGACGUUAAUUUCGGGGACGAAAUUCCUGUAAGGUGGGGUGAACUUGUAACACCAGACCCGA